GGCAGCGCCCGGUUCACCGUGCAGCGGCUGCGGCGGGCGCGGCGGGCGCUGCCGAUGGGCCGGGCCCGGGCUGCCGGAGCGCCGGGAGCCGGCAGGCAUGCCCCGGACACUGAGUGCCUCCGACAUGGUCACCCCGGGCAGCCUCAGCCCACCUCCCACAGAAUCCACAGAAGGCGAGCAGGCUGGACAGCCCCUCCUAGAUGGAGCUCCAUCUUCAGCCUCUCUGGACACCCUGAUUCAGCACCUGGUGCCUACAGCCGAUUACUACCCCGAGAAAGCCUACAUCUUCACCUUCCUGCUGAGCUCGCGUCUCUUCAUCGAGCCCCGGGAGCUCCUGGCUCGGGUGUGCCACCUGUGCAUAGAGCAGGAACAGCUGGACAAGCCAGUGCUGGACAAGGCCCGAGUCCGGAAGUUUGGUGCCAAAUUGCUCCAGUUGUUGGCCGAGUGGACCGAAACCUUCCCACGGGACUUUGAAGAGGAGUCCACCAUAGGACACCUGACAGACGUGGUGGGCCGCAUCGCCCCGUGUGACGAGACCUAUGGGAACAGGAUGCAUCAGCUCCUGCAGACUCUGCACCAGAAAUUGGCAUCACUUGGCCAGGGGCCAGAAGGCCUGGUAGGGGCGGACAAGCCCAUCUCAUACAGGACCAAGCCACCAGCCUCCAUCCACAGGGAGCUCCUAGGUGUCUGCAGUGACCCCUACACGCUGGCCCAGCAACUGACCCAUGUGGAGCUGGAGCGACUAAGACACAUUGGACCCGAGGAGUUUGUCCAGGCUUUUGUGAACAAGGACCCCUUGGAGGGCACAAAGCCCCGCUUCAACGACAAGACAAACAACGUAGAGGCCUAUGUGAAGUGGUUCAACCGGCUGUGCUAUCUCGUAGCGACUGAAAUCUGCAUGCCAGCCAAGAAGAAGCAGAGGGCACAGGUGAUUGAGUUCUUCAUUGACGUGGCCCGCGAGUGCUUCAACAUCGGCAACUUCAACUCCCUCAUGGCCAUUAUCUCCGGCAUGAACAUGAGCCCUGUCUCCAGGCUCAAGAAGACUUGGGCCAAAGUGAAAACAGCCAAGUUCUUCAUCCUAGAGCACCAGAUGGACCCCACGGGGAAUUUCUGCAACUAUAGGACAGCCUUGCGUGGCGCAGCUCACCGCUCGCUGACUGCUCACAGCAGCAGAGAGAAGAUUGUCAUCCCCUUCUUCAGCCUGCUGAUCAAAGACAUCUACUUUCUCAACGAGGGCUGUGCCAACCGCCUUCCCAACGGGCAUGUCAACUUCGAGAAAUUUCUGGAACUGGCCAAACAGGUUGGAGAGUUCAUCACCUGGAAACAAGUGGAAUGUCCUUUUGAGCAAGAUCCCAGCAUCACCCAUUACCUGCACACUGCCCCCAUCUUCAGCGAGGACGGUCUGUAUUUGGCUUCCUAUGAGAGUGAGAGCCCAGAGAACCAAACAGAGAAGGAGAGGUGGAGGUCUCUAAGAUCUUCUAUUCUGGGGAAGACAUGAGAAGUUCUGAGGCAGAGGAAGAGGAAGAGGAAGCAGUGGAGCUGAUGCAGCCCAUCCCAACCUCAUCGCAGAUGGCCCAACGGGUGGAGGUUGACACAAAACCUCACUCCUUU